AGCUAACAAUUAGUUGCCGGAAUCCAUUUUUGUGGCUAAUACGGAAAUACGCGAGUCGCCGUUUUGAAGUGGACCUUAAACGAUCAUGAAAUCAACGGCAGCAGGAGUAGCCCUGCUACUUCUAGUGCUAAGUCACUCAAGUGAUGCCUUUAUCCACAACUUGCAUGAUGGUCCGAUCAACUGUUAUGAGUGUUCCACCCUCGAAGAGUGCUCUGCUGGAUCUGGAACCCUGAGAAAAUGUCUGAAUAACGAUGCCCAAAGUUGUGUGGCCAUAUUCAACAGCAAUGGAGCUGUGAUCGAAAGAGGUUGCAGCGACAAUUUAGAAUCGGUUUGCACAGAAAGUGGGGAUAACUGCUACGAGUGCCGAUCGCACGGUUGUAACUCCCUGAAAACCACUGAGGAUCUGCUCGAGUGCUAUGUCUGCGAUGCCCAGAACGAUGAUAAUUGCGUUUUCGACGUCGAACUGGUGACUGAGAGGAGGAAGUGCAACCAAGGCUGUAUUACGACUCUAUAUGCCACCAAUAGCGAGGAGGGUGCCCCCUUGGAACUGGUUCGCACUUGUUUGGAUGACCUCGACUUGGACGACAGGGAGGCUUGCAUCGAAGGAUCCCUGGAUAACUGUGUGGCCUGCAGUUCGGCCAGCUGUAAUUCCGUGGAUUUGGGAGUACGAGGAAGUUGCAACAACUGCAAAGGAGAUUGCAGUAGUCCCCAGUCGAAAACCUGUCGGGCUGUUCCCUCUGGAGGUGCAGCAGAGAGGUGCUUCAUCGAGGUCGAUGAAUCCGGAUCCAUCUACGAGAUGGGCUGCCUAAGUCAGUACAAUGUCAGUGAUGUCUCCCUCUUGGAAACCAACAAGCAAUUGUGGUACUGCACUGGUGACAACUGCAAUGUGGAAUCUGCUCUGGCCAAGCCUCAAACAUGCAAAUUGUGCAGUUCCCGCACGGAUGAUGAUUGUGCUGUGGCCCCAGAGGACGUGGAAACGAAUACCCAAUGCGAUAGUCUCGUGAAUACCGACUGCUAUUCGAGGAUCCUGGAGAAUGGGCAUACGGAGAGGGGCUGCUUGACCUCUCUGGAGGGUGAGGAUUACUUCGAUUGUCUCAAGGACAGCAAUUCCACCAAGUGCCUCAGGUGCACAGGAGAGAACUGCAACCAGCAGUUGCAACCCAGUGAGCGUUUGAGCUGUCAGAUCUGCGAUUCCAGUAAAGAUGCCUCCUGCGAGGCCACGCCCUCCUCCGCCGCCCUCUGCCUGCUGCACACCGCCAAUCAGCAGUGUAUAACAACCAUAGAUCUCUCGGGGAAUACCCAACGUGGAUGCAGUGCCUCGUUGGAGUGCGACUCCAGCAGUCCCAGGAAGUGUCAGCUGUGCUCGGGAGCCGAUUGUAAUAGUGCGAACCUGAAGAGGGUGGAGGAUGGUCAGCCGGGACUGUGGGGCCAGGAGUUGCCCUUGAGCUGCCAGAGUUGCACGGAUGCCACCAGCUGUGCCGCCACUGAUCUCUCCAAUGUGACCUGCUCCAGCCAAUCGGAGUAUUGUGUGACCGUGUUCGGCGCUGAUGGAUCUGUUUCCGCUAAGGGCUGCAGCCAGGUGGUGGAGCAGUCCUGGAGUACUUAUUGCAACGCCAAUAGUGGCAGCUGCCAUAACUGCAACUCCAAUGGAUGCAAUAGUGCCAGAUCCCUGGAUAGCUACACCGAAUGCAUCUACUGCGACUACGAAAACGAAGAUUGUGCCAGUAAUGCCGCAAAUGUCAAGUCCCGUCGUCUUUGCAAUGGUCAAUGUAUGACCGCUUCUCGCAGGAGAUCAAGUGAGAAUUUCAUCUUCGACACGGUUCGAGGUUGUUUGGAUGAUAAGGAGCCGGAGGAUCAGGCAUCCUGUAUUGCCGGAACCGAUGGAGCUUGUAUAGCCUGCUCUGGAACCAACUGUAACGUUGAUGAAAUCACCGAGAUCACUCAGACCUGUUGGAAAUGCUCUGGAUCGGAUUGCGAUGAUCCUGUGUCAAGUCUCUGUAGCCAGUACAGUCCCGAUGAUAGUUGCUAUAUUUUGUUUAGCUAUGACGCCGAUAUUAAGGCCAUGGGCUGUAAGUCCGAUCUGGACGAAGAGUUUGUGGAUGAUUAUUUCCACUCUCUUUUUUUCUGCAACGAGAGUAAUUGCAACUUCUUCGAUAACCUGCCAGUUCCGCACAAGUGCCUCUUCUGCACUUCUUCAGAGGAUCCCAACUGCGCUACAGAUCCCUCAAAAAUCGAGCUAAUAGGAAACUGUGGUAUCUUACCCUACUCCAGCUGUCAGACCCGAAUCAGAAAUGGCAACACCCAACGUAGUUGUCUAAGCAGCUUAGAACGAGAUGAGUUGGAGGAGUGCCUCGCUGGAACUGGAAGCUGUACGGUUUGCACUGGAGAUUACUGCAACAUGGACAUAUAUCCCGCCGAUCGUCGUCGUUGUCAGAGAUGCAACUCCCUGACCGAUCCCUCCUGCGCUUCAGCUCCCGACGCAGAAGAGGUGUGUCCUUAUUAUCUGGAAAACGAAGGAUGUAGUGCCAAGUUGGUGGAUGGUGUAACCUAUCGUGGUUGCCAGCGGGAAUUCACCUGUGACGACUCAGACAAACAGCACUGCCGCAUGUGCUACAAGGAUAACUGCAAUGUGGCGGAUCUCUCUAACUCAUUCAUUGGUUAUCCUGGCAAGUGGUCCAGUGGGCCAGUCAAUUGUUAUUCUUGCAAUGGCACCGAGUGCCAGGGGUCGAGUUCGGGCACUUUGCGCAAGUGUACUGGAAACGAUGACCAAAACUGUGGGACAGUUUUUGAUGCCUCUGGUUUGGUGGUCUUCCGAGGUUGCUCCGAUUCCCUCUACGAGGAUGAAGACCUUCUGCAAUACUGCGAUGAGAACUCAGGCAACUGCAAGUUCUGCAAGUCUUCGGGAUGUAACACCGCCAAGGAACUAAGUGCAUAUGUGGACUGUCUGUUUUGUGAUGGCAGCGAUCAGGCAGAAUGCGUGAGGAGUGUUGGAGAUAUAUCCCGUACAUUAUCUUGCCAUGGUAGCUGCUUCACCGGUCUAUAUCCCCGCAAUAAGUCAGACUCAAAUCCCGUUUACGAUCUGGCUCGCGGUUGUUUGGAUGAACUCGAGUACGACGAUCGCGAGGCUUGCGCAGCCGGAACUUUGGCAAACUGUGUUUCCUGUUCGGGCGCCAGUUGCAAUACUGCUGACGUGCCAGAGGAUCGACUCAGCUGCAACGUCUGUCAGGAUGCGGAGUGUGAAACGACUGUCAGCCAAGUUUGUUUGGGCUAUCGUUCCGGAGAACAGUGCUACAUUCAAGUGGGCGAUCGCAGUGUCACGGCCAUGGGUUGUGCCACCGAUCUGGAGGAUUCAUACCUGUUGACCAACCGCAGGGAUGUGUAUCUUUGCUCCGGCAACGAUUGCAACACCAAGGAUAAACUGAACACGGUCGGUGUCUCCUGUAAUAUCUGUAAUUCCACCUAUGAUGACGGUUGUGUGAGCACUGGUGGGUCCUCGCCAGCUGUCUGCCAGCAUUACAUCAAUCCCGAGUGCUACACCUAUUUGAAUGAAGAUGGCGUUUUGGAGCGUGGCUGUCUCAUGGACACCGAUGAUGACCUCUUCGAUGAAUGCUUGAGCUCUGGCAGCUCCAACUGCACCAUUUGCAGCACGAAUGGUUGCAACAACGAGAUCUAUCCUUCGGACUGGCUAUCCUGUCUGCGUUGCGAUUCCGCCAACGAUGCGGACUGUGCCCUUAGCCCCUCUAGCUAUUCCGGCUAUUGCCGUACCUAUUCGAAGGACGAUGCCUGUGUGACGACUUUAACCAACGGUCGAACUCUUCGUGGCUGCCAAUCGGAACUGAGUUGCGAUGAAUCCCAGGCGGGAAGCUGCAGAAUUUGCUCUGGAGCCAAUUGCAAUGAUGUGGAUCUCCAGUCGGGUUACGUGGGUGAGCCAGGAAAGUGGACGGAUCUUCCGUUAAGCUGCCAUGUUUGUGAUGAUGCAGCCAGCUGUGCCUCUGUCACGGAAGCCACCAAGUGUGAGGGUAACAACAAGCAGACCUGCUCCACGGUCUUCAAUUCUGCGGGUCAGGUGGUGGCCAGAGGAUGCAGUGAUGCUGUCCUGGCUGCCAAUGCGGACUACUGCGAUCUGAACAAGGAGAACUGUUUCCAGUGCAAGUCAGAUGGUUGUAAUAACGCCGCGUCCUUGGAUUCCUAUGUGGAUUGCUACUUCUGCGAUGCUGAGGUGGAUGUGAACUGUGCCUGGGAGAAGCCUGAGGGUACCAGAAAGUGCCAGGGUCAGUGCAUGACGGGAUUGUACCCCCGAAGCUCCUCUUGGGACUCUGCCCUGCUGCCCACUCGCGGUUGUCUGGACGAUCUGAACUUGGAUGAACGCACUUCCUGCGCCGCGGGAACUCAUGCCAACUGUACUGCUUGUACUGGAUCCCUUUGCAAUGGAGAUGAUGUGAUUGCUAACCCACAGGAGUGCUAUAUCUGCAAGGAUCCCGAGUGCGAGGACCUGGAAACAGCCAAGUGUGUGGCCUACAGGGAGCAGGAUCAGUGCUACCUGGCCUACGAUGAGUCUACUGUGGUGGCCAUGGGCUGUGCCAGUGAUUUUGAAACUCAGGUGAUCCAGGAACUGGUGGCCCAGCAGCGAUUGCUCCUUUGCUCCGGACAGAGGUGCAAUGAUUACACCAUAACUCCCGAUCCCCAAACUUGUCUGCACUGUACCUCUACAGAUGAUCCUCGCUGUGCCACCAAUCCGAAUCAGUUGCUUUCCACCGACAUUUGCUCCAAGUUACCCUACACGGAGUGUGUGACCCAGAUUGAUUCGAACGGUAAUACCAUUCGAGGAUGUCUAUCCAGUUUGGGCGGAGGAGAUUUCUACGAGUGUUUGACUGGAGAUGGAUCUCUGUGCGAUACUUGCACUGGAGAACGUUGUAAUGGAUUGUCUGUAUUCCCUGCUGAUAGGAGGAAGUGCCUCCAGUGUGACUCCUCCAGCGAUCCUAACUGUGCUUCCUCCCCAGCCAGCCUCACCAGCACUGUGUGUUCGAUUUACUCGCAGGACGAGUCCUGUGUGACCACUUUACUAGACGGCAUUACCUAUAGGGGAUGCAAUUCUUCUCUGACCUGCUCCAAUCCCUCGGACUCUUCAACUUGCCGCGUUUGCAGCUCCGGCGAUGGUUGCAACACCAUUAAUCUGGACAGGAUUAACGAAGAUGGUCUGCCAGGAGCCUGGCAGGAUGUUCCUAUCGAGUGUCUGGAGUGCUCCGGCACGGAAUGUGCUUCUGGAGGAGGUACCCUAACAAAGUGCUCCGGUUAUGACAACUGUGUGACUGUAUUUGGUGAAACUGGAUCGGUUACCCAAAGAGGUUGCUCGGAACCGGUCUUCGGGGCCUCCACCUACUGCGAUCUGAAUCCGUCCUCUUGCCCGCGUUGUAAUUCCAAUGGCUGCAACUCUGCCGAUUCCCAGGAUAACUAUGUGGAGUGUAUCGUCUGCGAUUCCAGCAAGGACUCGAACUGCCUGAGUAAUCCAACCCAGAUCACUAAGACUCGCCAGUGCAAUGAGCGUUGUGUGUCGGCUUUCCUACCCCUCUUCAACGAAACUGAAGAUCCCAGCUAUGCCUUGAUCCGUAAUUGCUAUGAUGAUCUAGAAAAGGAGGAUCGGGAUGCCUGUACCGCUGGAAGCAAGAGAAUCUGUGCCACCUGUCAAGGAGCCAGGUGCAAUUCGGAGGACCUGGUGGCCAGUCGGCAGAGCUGUCUGGUUUGCCAGGGUGAUGAGUGCCAGAAACCGGAGGCUUCCAGUUGCUCGAAUUACAGGGAGAACGAUGAGUGCUACAUUCAAUUCGAUGAGGAGAGAUCUGUGUCUGCCCUGGGCUGCCUGAGUGAACUGAGCCAUGAGGAUAUCUACCUACUGAAACGCUCCAAGAGAUUGAUUACCUGCAGCGAUAACGACUGUAAUACCAUUGAAUCCGUUCCAGAAGCCGAGAGAUGCACUCUGUGUAGUUCGCGAACCGAUGCCAAUUGCGCCAUAAGUCCCUCGACUGUCACCACCUCCACCAGUUGCGUCUUUGGUGGCUUCCCCGAUUGCUAUUCCAGGGUACUUUCCGAUGGAAGCACCGAGAGGGGUUGUCUCUCCAGCCUGGAGGAUGACGAGUUCCUCUCCUGCUACAAUGGCACAUCGACCUCCUGCAACUCCUGCCACGGAAGUACUUGUAACCAAGAGCUUUACCCAAGCAACCGACGAUCCUGCCAUGUCUGCAACUCCGACACGGACCCCAGUUGCGCAUCCAAUCCCUCAAGCCUCACUGUUUGCUAUCUGUACGAAGCAGAUGACACGUGUGUGACCAAUUUGAGGAACGGAGUGACCUACAGGAGCUGCUCCUCCUCGCUCAGCUGCGAGGCGAAUGCCAAGACCUGUGUCUACUGCGAAGGAGAUGGUUGUAAUCAGGUUGAUUUGGAAGCCAAGUCGGAUGAUAACUACGGAAAGUGGCAGGAUCUUCCUCUAGAGUGUUUGACCUGCGAGGGCACUGCUUGCCAGGGUGACGAGAUUCCCUCUGUCAAGUGCCAGAACAACAACGAGCAGGAUUGCUUGACUGUCUUUGGAACAGAUGGAGCUGUCACCCGACGUGGCUGCCAGGAUGAGGUGGAAUCCGAUUCGGCUAUCGCCACCUACUGCGACUCCAAUGUCGCCAGCUGUCCCUCUUGCAAGUCCAACAACUGCAACAAUGCCACCGCUCUCAGUCAGUACACCACCUGUAUCUACUGUGACUCCUACAAGAACUCCUCUUGCAUUCUGGAUCCCACGAGCUCUAGCCACAGGACACGUCAAUGUCAAGGACAAUGUAUGACUGCUCUGUAUGGAAGCACCGAGUCGGGUCUCGAUCUCAUUCGCACUUGUCUUGAUGACAAGGAGCCGGCGGAUCAAUUGACCUGUGCCAGCGGCAGUGAUUCCACCUGCUCCGCCUGCAGCGGUGACUCCUGCAAUGUCCAGACUCUGCCCGAGGAUCGCCUGAGUUGCUACACCUGCGAGGGCGACGAGUGCGAGGAUCCUCAGCCCAAGACCUGUGCCAUCUACAAGCCCGAGGACAGCUGCUUCCUGUGGGUGGACGAGGACAACGAUCUGAAGCAACUCGGCUGCCUGAGCUCCUUCCGCAACCAGGAUUUGGAGUCCAUUAUCAAGACGAAGCGCAUCGCCGUCUGCAAUGGCACCAACUGCAAUGUACCCCAAUUCCAGUCCCCCGUGCGAUGUGCUGUAUGUGAUUCUCGCGUUGAUCCCACCUGCGCCACCAAUGCCCAGGCCGUGGGAGCUUUUGAAACCUGCAGCCAGUUGCCCCACACCGGAUGUUUCACCAAGUUGGAGGACGAUGGUUCCACCAACCGUGGUUGCCUGUACGACCUCGGCCAGUCUGAAUUCGCGGCCUGUCUGCUAGGAAACGAUGCCAAUUGUUCCGUGUGUUCCAUUGAUGGAUGCAAUCGCGAGGUCUUCCCUGCUGAUCGUCAAGUGUGCUAUUCCUGCACCUCCGCCGAUGAUUCCAGUUGUGAGUCGGAUCCCACGUACGCCUUGGCCUGUCCUUGGGUCAGUGAAACGGAGACCUGCAAGACCCUGCUUUCCGGAAAUGUUACCACCCGUGCAUGCAGCAGCUACUUGGAGUGCGAUUCCAGUGACUUCCGCAAUUGCCGCAGUUGCUCGGGAAGCGAGUGCAAUGCCAUCGAUCUGGCCAACCGGGUUGAUGAUGGUCAGCAUGGAGUGUACCAGGACUUGCCUUUGAAGUGUCACUCCUGCGUGGGUGAACAUUGUCUGAGUUCCCUGGGACCGGCUGUAACCUGCACACUGAACAAGGAUCAGGAUUGUAAGGCCGUCUUCGAAGCGGAUGGCGUCACGGUGAGGAGGAGGGGCUGCGCGGAUGAUGUGGAUGACUACGAGGAUCGCUACUGCCGGAAGAACCCCGCCCUGUGCUUCACCUGCAAGUCGAAUGAGUGCAACGAUGCCUGGUCCACGGAGGAGUUUGUCACCUGUACCUUCUGCAAUUCGGCCAACAAAUCCAGUUGUGUCCUGGAUCCCUCAGAGUCGGACUUGAGCAAGCGCAGCUGCAAGGGUCAGUGCUUGGUGGCCUUGAAUGGCGAGGAUUUGAUUCGAUCCUGUGUGGAUGACAAGGAGUUGUACGAUCGUUCUGACUGUACUACGGACGGAAGUGGCACCAAUUGUGCCACCUGCUCUGGAACGGACUGUAAUACCUUCUCGUAUCCCUCGGAUCGUCUGAGUUGCCACACCUGUGCGGAUGCCAGCUGUUCGAGCAGCCAGUCCCAGGCUUGUUUGGCCUACAGAGCGGAUGACUACUGUUUCGCCAAGUAUUCCAGGGAUGGUGGCUUGGAACUGAUGGGUUGUGCCAGUAGCCAAAACAGCUCUAGUCUGGAGGAAUGGCAGGAGGGCAAUCAACUGUACUCCUGCCAGGGCAGCGAGUGCAAUGAACUCAGUAGACUUCCUGGAGAAGGAGAGUGCCUGGCCUGUGACUCCAGCAGAUCCCUGGAGUGCGCCCAGGAUCCCACGAGUGUGGAGGGAACCAUCACCUGUCAUGCCCCCAAUUCCGAGUGUAUCACCCGCCUGGAGGAUGGUCACACCAUCCGAGGAUGCAGGAGUGCCCUGAGCACCUCCGAGAGCAGCAGUUGUGUGGCCAGUGGCACCUGUUCCGCCUGCUCCGGCGCCAAGUGCAACUCCGAGAUCUUCCCCAACAACCGACGACGCUGCCACAUCUGCAACUCCACCGCAGAUCCGAAUUGCGCCAAGCAACCCAACAGUUUGGCCGUGUGCCCCAUUUAUGCCGCAAACGAUGGAUGUGUCACCUCCUACAAUGAUGGACUUCUUCGACGAGGAUGUGCCUCCGAGCUGGAGUGCGAGAUCGACAACGAGGAUCACUGCAACAAGUGCUCCACGGAUGGCUGCAACACCGUUGAACUCACAGGAUCGGCGGGAGGACUUUCUGGAAUUGGCCUCGGUCUCACCAUCCUCGUCGCCUAUCUGAUCAGCUCCACUCAGCGACUGUAGGGUAGAGAUCUAGACUAUCCAAUCUUCUAGUUCCAUUUCCUCCACCUAGUUAAGUAGAUUUAUAUAGAGUAGAGCUUAUGUAAUUAGAUUGCUGUGCUGAGGGCAAUGGACCUUUUUGGACUUUUCGCACGAUCUACAAACGAUUUGUAAAUAAACCAAACGAAUUUUCGAACCAA